GCACCUGGUGCCACGGUCCCACACUGCGGUACACACCUCCGCCGGGCGGGGCGGGGCAAGGCGAGCCCGGCAUUAAGAUGGCGGCCAGGGGGUUGCAUUCACACGUGAAGCUGGAGGGGGAGAUCGAGCGGUGCCGGGCAGAGGGGCAGUGGGCACAGCUCCGGUACCUGGCCCAGCAGCUGCUGCCGCCGGCUCGGCCCCCGCGCAAGGCGGCUGGGGGUGCGCAGGACGCCGAGGACUAUGGGAACAUGCUGCUUGCAGAGGCUCUGCUGGAAGAAUGUCUGAAGGAAAACUUUGGCAAACUGAAGGACUCCAUUCCACUGACAGAGAAGAAUGAGCCAAAACUGAGUGAAGCUAAACAGCAUUUGACCAAUAUCUUAAGCAGAGGAAAACUAAGACCUAAGUAUAUGACAGAAGCUAUGCUGAUCAUAGGAAAGCUUCAUUACGUGGAGGGAUCCUACAGAGAUGCCAUCAGCAUGUAUGCAAGAGCAGGAAUUGACGACCUCUCGACAAAAGAUGAACCUUUGUACAUGCUGCGUUUGGUAACUGAGGCCUUCGUUAUUAAAGGUCUGUCCCUGGAGCGCUCCACCAACUCGAUUGCCUCGCGUGCUCGACUGUGUGAACGGGAGGAGGAAGUCAUGGCUUGCUUUGAGACAGCGUGUGUCAUUGCCCAGGUGUACUUACAGGAGCUGGAAAAGACCUUAAACAACACACACUCAAGGAGUAUCAAGGGCAGCAAUGUGACUUACUCCGAGUUUGAACUUUCCUACUUCCUGGAAGCAGCUCUACAGAGUGCCUACGUGACUCAUUUAAAGAAGGGAAAUAUUGUGAAAGGAAUGAGGAUUCUGCGAGAAAUACUACGGACGGUGGAAACAAAAGCUACACAGACCUUCAAAAUGACUGCAGCCAAACAGCUUGCCCAAAUACUUCUCCAUUCCCUCAGUGAAGACUGUUACUGGAGCCCUUUAUCUGAUCCUCUGCCUGAGUUCAUGAACAAGGAAGAUCAGUCUUACGUUAGCAAUCUUCUUUGUCGGAGGCCCGAGCUGUACAUGGAAGAGAAUGCGUACUGCCCUCAAGACAACGUAGAAGAGGCUCUUCUUCUCCUCUUAAUCAGUGAAUCCAUGGCAAACCGGGAUGCAGUGAUCAGCCGAGCCCCGGACCAGCAGGAUGACCGUGCUGUCAGCCUCCAGGAUGCUUCUGCAGUCUACGACCUCCUCAGCAUCACGCUGGGCAGAAGAGGGCAGUAUGUCAUGCUUUCCGAGUGCUUGGAGAGAGCCAUGAAAUUUGCAUUUGAUGAAUUUCACCUCUGGUACCAGCUUGCCCUGUCCAUGGUGGCUUGUGGAAAGUCGGCAUAUGCUGUGUCAGUGCUUAAAGAGUGUGCUAAACUGCGACCUACGGAUCCCACCGUUCCUCUCCUCGCUGCCAAGGUCUGCAUUGGGUCGCUGCACUGGCUGGAAGAAGGAGAAUACUUUGCUAAAAUGGUGAUAGACUUGGGUGAGGAUGCUGGAGAGUCCCUAGCAAAGGGUUACCUGGCUCUGGGCCUGACAUACAGUCUUCAAGCUACUGACGCUACUGUGAAGGGCACUCAGGAUGAAUUAAACAAGAAAGCACUUCAGACUUUAGAGAGAGCACGUGAGUUGGCCCCAGAAGAUCACCAGAUCAUCCUCUACCUGUCACUGCAGCUGGCUCUUGUCAGACAGAUUUCUGAUGCUAUAGAACAUCUUCAAGAAGCACUGCAACUGUGCAAAGAUGACAUGAAUUCGCUUCAUCUACUGGCCCUCCUCUUUUCAGCUCAGAAGCACUAUCAGCAUGCACUGGAUGUUAUCAACAUGGCUGUGGUUGAGUACCCAGAAAGCUUUAGCUUGCUCUUCACCAAAGUAAAACUGGAAUGGAUACAUAAAGGACCCGAAGAGGCUCUGGUGACAUGCAGACAUAUGUUGCAGAUGUGGCAGAUGGUAUAUAAUGUUUUACAGCACAGUGGCUCUGAGAAAGGAAGUAGUGUCACCGAAACCCCAGUGAUCAAAAAGCAUAAUGGGCUGCAUCUCACGCUCCCGGAUGCUCACGAUACCGAUUCUGGAUCACAGCGAGCCUCUUCCCUUGCUGCAUCAAGGCUGGAACAGGCCAUGUCUGAAAUAACUAUGCAGAGCAGUGAAAUGAAGCAAGGACCUAUGCAGUUGUGGACAGCUCUUGAACAAAUCUGGCUACAAGCUGCUGAACUCUUCAUGGAACAGCAGCAUCUCAAAGAAGCAGGCUUUUGUAUCCAGGAGGCAGCUAGUCUUUUCCCCACAUCUCACGCUGUACUGUACAUGCGUGGGAAGCUUGCAGAGAUGAAAGGCAAUUUGGAGGAGGCGAGGCAAUUGUAUGAUGAAGCGCUCACAGUGAAUCCAGCUGGAGUGGAAAUUAUGCACAGCCUGGGCCUGGUGCUGAACAGACUUGAGCGGAGGGAGCUGGCCCAGAAAGUCCUCAGAGAUGCCAUCCGGAUCCAGAGCACCAGUCACAGGGCCUGGAACAGCCUUGGAGAGGUCUUGCAAGCUCAGGGGAAAAACGAAGCAGCCAUCGAGUGCUUCCUCACUGCCCUAGACCUGGAAUCCAGCAGUCCAGUCAUCCCCUUCACUGUCAUACCCAGGGAGCUCUGAAGCUUUGCUCAGCAACUGAGCACCUUCAUUCUUGGACAGACACCAAAACCAAACAAAUAAACAAAGAAAAAGCCCAAUGGAAAAGUGCCAUUGUAACCUGGAACCGGGCAAAACAAUUCCAGGAUGGGGCUCAGGUCUUCUCGCUUAGCUGAGACAAGCCUAACUGUAGGAGAAUUAGCAACAGGCAGAAACAGAGACUGCCUUGUUCUUCACAGGUGCCUGGCUAAUCUCCUGUUGAAGUUAAUAGCGAGCCUGAUUUCAGAGUGUUGGCUCAAGGUGACUGUAGAAAGCUCAUGCUAGAGUACAGCUGUUCAAAGCACUUGCACCUUUCAAUUUGCAUUAUAAACACCAAGACCCCCCGGUCCCCAGCCUUUAAUUAAAGCCCAGACCAGCCCUAAACAGGAGUAAAUGCACCAACUAACUUGACCAAGCUGUGCUUAAAUGUGUGGCUGCCUCCACACAGCUCUGACAGGGAUAGGAAUGGCAAUUAAACCCUAUAGACUUACAGUAUAUGCCACUUACAAAACUAUUCCAGUUAUUUUGAUAGUCCUUUCUCCUGCCUUGCUUUUAUAUGCUGCAUAUGCUCACUAUAUUUAGUGUGGCUCUUGCCUAGAACAAUUGAAAUUAAAAAGACUUUAUUUUUUCUCAAAAGCUGCUGUUGCAGUAUGAUUCACAAAAGCAGAAAGACCAAAGACCAAAGACCAAAUCAGUUCACGCUUGAACUAUAUUAAAAACCUAUAUGUAUCUCCACUUGCAUAUUUAUUGAAAGGCCUUACGUGAAAUAGCUAGUUAUGAAUUCUGAGCUUUGUGCUGAUUAAUCACCUAUUGCAUCACUUUGAGCGAGGACUAUAGUGAUUACCAGUAUAGUGUGACUGAACUCUGUGCUCUACUGCAUUACCAUUCCUGGCACAAAACAUUUUCAUAUCCAUCUUUUCAUGACACAAAAGACAGCAGCAGUCUUCUAAGGGAAAUUAUGCUGAAGGCAGUGUGUGUGUGUAUGAAUUACUUGUUUCUUAAAACCACAUCUUUGGAUUGUCUGUAGAAAUCUCACCUCAGAGGUAAGGAUUGGAGCCUUCAGCAGGGCAGCAUUAUUUUGCCUGUCGUAUCAGAUGUAGGAGUGGAUAACCCUAAUCCACACAGCCUCCCCAUGCUGGCACAGCCGGGGCUGCAGCUGGCAUACCCCCUGCUAAGCUGUGCCCCACCUCCUCGGGGCCUUGGCACCGAGGUAGAGCUCUAUGUGCCAUGGCACAUGAGAGCCGGACCAGUCCCAAGAUGAAGAUGGUGCAGAAAGGAGCUGCAGGCACUUCUCUACACAAAAGGUUGGGGCUCUGUGCCCAUUUCUGUCCAAAGAAGAUUUGUGACUACUUCAUAAGUAGGUUUGUGCUAGAACACACUUUGUGCUACAAUUCUGCCCAGUAUUGUGAUCCGCAACUAGUUCAUGCCGGAGAUAAGAAUAUCCUCAGGCAAUAAAUGAGAUGGGGUUAUUUCUUAAAGAGCCCGAGGCUCUGGCAGCAGACUUGAAGUCAGCCUUGUUUACAACUACAUGGAAAUCUGCAGGCUAAUGGAGAGGUGGGUGCUGUGUGCUGCUCCCAGCCCACACCAUCGCAGAGCACACUGCCCUCAGGCUGCUCCCAGCAGCCUCUUGCAUUUUUCCCAUUGGAUUUUCCCAACUAAACUUCCUCUGCAAUAUUUAGCACUGCAAUAGCCCAGCUUAUUUGUCUGUCUGCUGAGGGGUCUGGAGUGAAAGCACCACUGCUUUGAGAGGUGCUCAGCCCUUUCAAGGGGCUCUGGUUUUCCAGUGCCACGUAGGCACCAAAUCAGGCUUUUUAGGCCAGAGGCAGGUUUCCAAGGAGACAGUGUUACUGGCCACAUUUCUCCUUUGCAGCAGCACCAGAAGCAGAGAAAGAAGUAGGUGUUAAAGUACCAGAAUUAAAUGAGUUUCAUGCAGACAGAAAGAUGCAGCAGAGACUCAUUUUACUGUGAAGGAUGCUAUGAGGUCGGCUUGCUCUGCACUGCAGGUGGGAAUGGGGGAAGGAGAGAUGUUGUUGGCAUAGUUGGAAAAUUGUUACCCAGGUGUUUUAAACCCAGCUCACAGUGAGAUGUGGUCUGACAAUUACUUAGGUAGAUAUAUAAAUAUAUAGGUAUUAUAUUCCGAUAUUUGUUGUGGUUCCCAGGGUGGGAAAGUCAAUGUGGUCUGACAUCACUGCUUUCUUGUGCAACGUAUGUCUAUAAAGCACUGCCAUAGCAACUUCUGUGUACUGGACAGCUAUUUGAGUACCAGCUAUGCAUCCGGAGAGCUAUUUGAGUACCAGCUAUGCAUCCACCUCUGCAACCAAGGAACCGUGUUAUGAGGUCUGUAACGUAGCUGGCCUGUGACCUGGCAGGAUGGUGCCUGUUUCCCAGCAGCAGCUGAAAAGCAAACACUCACAGACACAUUUACUUGUAGCUGGUAAACAACCAACAGCCCAUCACAUUUGUUGCCCUCGGGCAAGCUUCACCUUGGCAACAAUCGGACUUGCCACAGCAGUCAUCCUGCUAGGAGAGGUGCAGACGUGCACAAGUACUUUGAGUGCAUCAGCCGGUCAGAUGUUGGCAGGGUGGUCCCAUGGUUUUUGUGUGUGUUAACAGGCAUUACUGGCUUUGGAAUUGCAAUCCUAAGAGCCUCUGCCUCAGGUGUGGCAAGGAAGAUUCACGUGAGUAAAUGCUAUCAGCAUCAAUAGGAAUAACAUGGCUAAGGUACCCUUUUACCGGCACAGCACAUCACAGUCCCUACAUCAAUUGCAGACAGAGUAUUUUGGAUCUAUACUAUACUCAAUCCCAAGAUUUGCUGCAUGCUUCCCAGAGGAUACAAAGUACCUGUUGGCUGGAGAGGUGUUACACUGGCCUAAACCGCUCUGUACAGUGGUUGUUGCAGACUUGCAAGUAUUUCAGGGUAAAUCCUCUAGCUACAUUUGUUAUUAGUGCUCCCCAAAACAGAGGCCUUCCAAAGCUUACAUGCUACCUCUGUUAUUCAGCAUGGAUUUUGGUCAUACUUCCAGUCAGAGAAAAGCAAGGACAACUACUUUGGACAAGCCUACACAUUGUAGUAUUUGUUUAAACAGCAACACUAAUAAAUCUAAAGACCUACUUCCUUGAACUCAGUGGGUAAUACUUCUUUGUAUAGCAGGGAGCCUGGCAUGCUUAAUGCUCAGGGUUUGAGGCUAAGAACAUAAGAUUUACAUCCUAUCCCUCCUAUGAUUAUUACCAAUGAUUGAAGUGAUGGAAGCGAGGGGAACAAUAAGUGAAAAACCAGUUCUGCAAGUUUUAGCACUGACUUGAGUCCAACAGAGUUUUCUCAGUUUAGAAAGAGGAAGAGAAAAAAGGCAUCGUUGCCUUAAGGAUGCUGCUUUACACCCAGGUUCCUCUUGUUCCACCACAAGGCUAUUUUCUUUCUUGUGCACACAAAAGGAAAGUAAUUACUUUCUAUUCUCCUGUUGUGCAGUAGAAGAGUAGUGUUUGCUGUUGCCUUUGACCAUCAAGAAGGUUUGUCUAUUGUAACCAAAAUGGCUCUGCCUCCAGGGUACAGAAAGAGAAGCCUAUGAGGCCAGGGAGCAACUCCUCUCCCUGCCUUACCCCAUAUGAAGUGUCAUUAGCUCCACUGGAGCUGUUGGUAGUAUGAGUAUUUCCUCCAGCUGAGGAUCUGCCCACCAGUGUACUCAUUCUGUACAGGGAGUCCAAUGGUGCUGCCAUAUUCCUGCACUGCACAAGUACCCCGGUCCGUUUCUAUGGGAAACAGUUCAUGCUACUGAAUAUCACAGUGCUUCAGAAGUGCUAAUUAUCUUUUCUUGGUAAUGACUAAUAAAUCCAAAUGGAGAACAGUCCUGGAGGGUGUUUACUUUAAAAUUCACUGGCUGGGUACCAAAGUAGGCACAGCACUGACUGCUGCAGUUAGAAUUACAGUCAUUUUAUCCCCCCAAAAUGUUCCAUUUUCGGAGGGUUUUGGUGAAGACAGACUUUGGCUAGUUUAUAUUUCACUUUAAUGACAGUAGAGUGGGAAAUGGCCCUUUUUAGUGAAAAGACAUCACUGCCGUGAUCCUUUCUCAGCCAAACCAACAGAGAUUUGACAGUUACAGUUCAGCCUAGGAGAGCAAGGCUUGCCAAGAGCCACUGUGCUGCAGUGGUUACUGCCUCUGACCGAAUUGUAUUACAGGCAUAUUUGAUAGUUGUGCAAGGAGCAUGUAGAGCUGAGAUGCCUCUGCUGUAUGUGGCUAAGGAGAGCUGCUUUAUACCCAACUGCAGUGCCUGUCCGGGUGCCCACCAGUGGGCUUAACCAGCCCCUGCCUGUUCCCUAGGCCUGGCUCUGGGUGAUGGUCUCCCUGCUGUGAAGCUGUAGCCCAGUGCUGCAGGGUGUCAGUGCACAAUCAGCUAGGGAGUUGUUCUGAUAGAAAUGGGAAGCUGAAACACCCAUCAGUUUGGUGAUGUUGGCAGAAGGAAGAAUCGCCGACCCAGCAGCUGCCAGGAUGAUGGUUCCCCUCCAACUUUGCCUUCCAUGGCCUGGCUCACACCUUCAGCUGCAGCAAACCAAGGCAGGUUCCCAAGGCACUGGAUGCUAAAAGGUCCAGGGGUUGGAAAGGACCUUAAGAUCAUCCAGUUCCAACCCCCUGCCAUGGGCAGGGACACCUCACACUAAGCCAUGGCACCCAAGGCUCUGUCCAACCCAGCCUUGAAUGCAUGAUGGAGCAUUCACAGCUUCCUUGGGCAACCCAUUCCAGUGCCUCACCACCCUUACCUUUUCCCCACAGAAAUGCACACCAGUCUGGAUCUAAAACCACUGAUAGGGACAUGACACCACAGUGAUGCAGCCUGUGAUGGUACAAGCCAGAACCUCCCCAAGCUGGUACACAGAGAAGUGCUCAGCAUUGCACAUCCAAGUGUUUCCUACCUGCCACUUGAAUACUGUUAAUCCAGUUGGAAUCAGUUUUCCAUGUAACUUCUUUUUGUCAUUGUAAGAAGUUUCCAGCAGAUGAAUAAAAUUGACCCUGUGGAAAACAAAAAAUA